CGGCGCCCAGUGCUCCCAGCCACCGCCGAGGACAGCGCACCGCUCGCUCGCCGCAGCGAGGCCCGGGGCGGCCCCGCAGGGACCUCCCCAAACCGCCCGGGCCGCCCGGAUGUGCACUAAAAUGGAACAGCCCUUCUACCACGACGACUCAUACGCAGCGGCGGGAUACGGCCGGGCCCCGGGCGGCCUCUCUCUACACGACUACAAACUCCUGAAGCCCAGCCUGGCGCUCAACCUGACCGACCCUUACCGAGGUCUGAAAGCACCCGGGGCGCGGGGCCCGGGCCCGGAGGGCAGCGGGGGUGGCAGCUACUUUUCCGCCCAGGGCUCGGACACGGGCGCGUCGCUCAAGCUCGCCUCCUCCGAGCUGGAGCGCCUGAUCGUCCCCAACAGCAACGGCGUGAUCACGUGCCGGAAGCGGAAGCUGGAGCGCAUCGCGCGCCUGGAGGACAAGGUGAAGACGCUCAAGGCCGAGAACCUGGGGCUCUCGAACACUGCCGGCGUCCUCCGGGAGCAGGUGGCCCAGCUCAAACAGAAGGUCAUGACCCAUGUCAGCAACGGCUGCCAGCUGCUGCUAGGGGUCAAGGGACACGCCUUCUGAGCACCCCUGCCCCGUACGGACAUCCCACCCUCCAGCCUGGACGGCUGGGCGCGCGCCUACCACCGGGUGAGGGUGCAGGCGGUGGGCACCCGCCCCGGGGCAUGGGGACCCCGAGAACCACACUGGACUCCUGCCCGCCCGCUCUGCGCCCAGCCCUUCCACCUCAACGUUUACAAGCCCCCCUUACACUUUUUUUUUGUAUUUUUUUUCUGCUGAAAACGAACUCGAUUCAUAUUGAAUAUAAUAUAUUUGUGUAUUUAACAGGGAGGGGAGGAGGGGGCGAUCGCGGCGGAGCUGGCCCCGCCGCCCGGUACUCAAGCCCGCGGGGACACUGGGGAGGGGACCCCUGCCCCCUACCCUCCCCCUCUGCACCGUACUGUGGAAAAGAAACACGCACUUGGUCUCUAAAGAGUUUAUUUUAAAAUG